CGCAAUCAUCUGCCAGUAUUAAGCCACAGCUACCUCCUUCACUCUGCACGGCCCAAAGCGUGAACGUUCGACCUCGUCCCUCUUCACGCCAGCGAGAUGCCGACCUCCGGCGACGGCCCGACCAGCCAGCCGCACGUGGUGCUCCUCCCGAGCGCCGGGAUGGGCCACCUCGUCCCGUUCAGCCGCCUCGCCGUAGCCCUCUCCUCCGCCCACGGCUGCGACGUCUCGCUGGUCACCGUGCUCCCCACCGUCUCCUCCGCGGAGUCCAGCCACCUCGAAGCGCUCUUCGGCGCGUUCCCUGCCGUCCGGCGGCUCGAAUUCCACCUCGCGGACUUCGACGCGUCCGAGUUCCCAAACGCCGACCCCUUCUUCCUCCGCUUCGAGGCCAUGCGCCGCUCCGCGCCGCUACUCCUCGGCCCGCUCCUCGCCCGCGCCUCCGCCACGGCGCUCGUCACGGACAUCGCGCUUUCCUCCGUGGUCAUACCCGUGGCCAAGCAGCUCCGGCUCCCCUGCUACGUGCUCUUCACCGCCUCCGCCGCCAUGCUCUCCCUCUGCGUCCACUUCCCGGCCUACCUCGACGCCAACGGCAACGGCCUCGUGGGCGACGUGGACAUCCCCGGCGUGUACCAAAUCCCCAAGGCCUCCGUCCCGCAGGCGCUGCACGACCCCAAACACCUCUUCACGCGCCAGUUCGUCGCCAACGGCCGCGAGCUCGCAAAAUCCGACGGCGUCCUGGUCAACUCCUUCGACGCGUUCGAGCCGGAAGCCAUCGCGGCUCUGCGCGAAGGCGCCGUCUCUGCAGCCGGGUUCUUCCCGCCCGUGUUCUCUGUCGGGCCACUCGCUCCCGUGAGCUUUCCGGCGGGGAAUAACAAUCGAGCCGAUUACAUCCAGUGGCUCGAGGCGCAGCCGGCGCGGUCGGUGGUGUACGUGAGCUUCGGCAGCCGCAAGGCCGUAGCCAGGGACCAGCUGAGGGAGCUCGCGGCCGGGCUCGAGGCAAGCGGCCACCGGUUCCUGUGGGUCGUGAAGAGCACCGUCGUGGACAGAGACGACGACGCCGACCUCGGCGAGCUGCUCGGCGAAGGGUUCCUGGAGCGCGUGCAGGGCCGGGGCAUGGUGACGAAGGGCUGGGUGGAGCAGGAAGAUGUGCUGAAGCAGGAAUCCGUCGGGCUGUUCAUCAGCCACUGCGGCUGGAACUCGGUCACGGAGGCGGCGGCGGGCGGCUUGCCGGUGCUGGCGUGGCCGAGGUUCGGGGACCAGCGGGUGAACGCCGGCGUGGUCGCGCGCAGCGGGCUCGGCGUCUGGGUGGAUUCGUGGAGCUGGGAGGGGGAGGAGGGGGUUGUGAGCGGGGAGAGUAUCGCGGAGAAGGUAAAGGCGGUAAUGGGGGAUGAGAUUGCGAGGAAUAAGGCGGUGAGCGUACGGGAUGCCGCGGCCAAGGCAGUCGCCGACGGCGGCACGAGCUACCGGAACUUGGCCCGAUUCGCGCAACGGUGCCGGGAUGGAAGAGUGCGUGAGUAAAUACGCCGUGGUUGAUUUUCUUUCUUUCUUUUCUUUUUAGGGGGAAACGCCUUGCUUGAAUGGAAGAAGAAAAACAGCUUUGCUGUACACGAAUGCCAGGGGCAUUUGAGGGCCGUUGGAACA